GAUUCAUUCCUAUUUUGGAGCCACAGUUACUCAUCGAAAGAGUUCGUGUUUCGUUUAGUUUAGUGCGUGUUUGCCAGCAGCCAAUUAAGUGUUAAACGAAAUGAUUUCUGCCAUAGUUCGCCUUGCUGGUUUGCAAGGUAUAGUACAUCGCCACUUUUCCAGUACUUUGUACUCGAAACGAUAUGGAAUCGACCAGGGGAGACUUAUCAAAAGUGUCACCGCGGCAAGCAGUUCGCUGAUAAGUGCAACGAAAACAACCCUUGCCUCGUCGCCGUGCGGUCAAAGAAUGUAUUCCAACAUAGACUACCUAAAAGGGGAUCCCAAUCUCGAGUGUACGGCUGGGACGAUGAACGAUGUGAAACAAACCAUCAUCAAGAAACUCGGUAUUGAAGUUGGAUAUACACCUUUUGUAAGUACGCGCGAACAUCUGGUCAAAUAUCUUCCACAAUCGGUGAAAGAUCUUCCGCCUCGUAGUAUGCAGGAUUCCUUUACGUCGGCAAUAAUACCGUUGACGACGGACAAGAUCUUGAAGGACAAGUAUGUUGGCUUCAUGGGAAACGUUCGAGUCGGUCGUUUGAUGGAGGAUAUGGAUAUGUUUGCUGUGUGGGUAGUUCAUAAGCACAUUCUUGUGCCGGAUCUACCGGAGGGUGUUUCACUGCCGUACACUUUCGUUACGGUGCUCGUCGACAAGAUAGACUUCACCGAUCUGAUGCCAACUCACGAUGCCGACAUUCGCCUGUCCGGUCACGUGAGUUGGGUUGGACGAACCUCUGUUGAAGUGGUUGUUUGGAUGGAGCAAAAGUUGCACGGCAAGUGGCGCAAGCUAACGCGUGCCCUGUUCCUAAUGGCCGCGAGAGACGCCACCAACACGAAGGCAGCUUUCAUUAACCCGCUCGUCCCGGCCAAUGAAGAAGAGAAAGCAAUAUUCGAUGGAGGCGAAUCACGCAAAAAGCGACGAGUUCAGUUGCAAAAGGAGGAUCUUUUGAAAACGGAACCGAACGAUUUCGAACAAGGAAUGGUGCACGAACUGUUCGUUAAAUCGAUCGACACGAAGAGCAAAGCAUUUAAUAAGCGUAUUUUGCCACCUGGCUACGUUUGGAUGGAGGAAGCAACGAUCGCAAACAUCGUUUUCUCGCAUCCCGAGGAUCGCAAUGCGCACAACAAGGUUUUCGGUGGCUUUCUGAUGCGUAACGCACUGGAACUUAGCUGGGCGCUUGCAUACAACUUCGCCAAACGUCGACCUAAACUAGAGCACAUUUCGGACAUUAGCUUCCACCAUCCGGUGGACGUGUCGUCGAUGCUGAACAUGCAAGCGCAUGUAAUCUUUACAGAUCUACACUACAUGGAAAUAGUGGUGCUGGCGGAUGUGUACGAUGCCGUAACCGGUCAGCAGACGACGACCAACAGUUUCUACUACACUUACUCGGUGGCCGAGCGUUUGCCUAAAAUUAUGCCCAAAACGUAUCAUGAAGCGAUGUACUAUUUGGACGGACGCCGAAAGUUCCGUUACGCCAUGGGUAUCGAUACACCGAAGGUCGCGGGAUCGACGGCUGCAGCUACAAGUGAGGCAGUUGAUCCGACAAAAAGUAAAUUGUGAGCUGUAUUCAAAAACCUGCAAUUCCAAACCUAACUUUUUAUUUCCGGAGAUUAAUUACUUUAUUUGUAAAUUGGCAUUUGGUUAUAUUUUGUACCUUCGCUUCAAAAGCAUUUUAUUGAUUGACGUGCAGCUAACGAUUCUUAUUCAUUUGAUAUUCAACAGUACUUUAGUACUACUUUAGUAAUUAUUUAUGACAAAUGGAAUAUACAGGACUUUGGUUUGUGAA